AAACGAGAUGCAUCCCGUAUGCAAUGUAGAAAAGAACAUUUUGCAGUGGGUGCAGGAAGAGAGGAUUCCUGCAUCUAAUCGCACGUUUCGAACGAAAGUGAUUGUGUAAUCAUUAUACAUACGUGUAAUACCGUAUGCAUGUGUACGUGUGGAUUGUAUAACUUUUUCUGUCACGCAUCCUAUGAAAGAAGAAAUAUUAUACUUAUAUGUAUUGUGCAUUAUCGCUGUUACAAGCAAAUAUGGAUCAAGUGUAUACAGGUUCACUAGUAGUCGUUAAUUUACUUUGGACGUUUUUGAAAAUGUUUUAUUGUAUUGGUGAAGCUAUAUAUAAAUUGCUCGUACCUAUGAAAGAAAAAGACGUUAAAGGUGAAAUCGUUUUGGUUACUGGAGCUGGUCAUGGAAUCGGAAAGGAACUUGCUUUGAAGUAUGCUUCUUUAGGAGCUACGGUUGUAUGCUGGGAUUUAAAUCAAGAAUUUAACGAAGAGACAGUUACGGAAAUUAAAAAAAUAGGCGGUACAUUUGCUUAUGGUUAUACAUGCGAUGUCUCGAAGAGAGAGGAAGUAUUAAAAGUCGCCGAAAAGGUUAAAGAAGAAGUUGGAAACGUUACGAUAUUAAUUAACAAUGCUGGUAUAAUGCCAUGCCACUCGUUCUUGGAUCAUACGCCGGAAGAAAUUCGAAAUAUAUUUGACGUCAACGUAUUGGCUCAUUUUUGGGUAUUACAAGCUUUUUUGCCGAGCAUGAUAGAGAAAAAUCAUGGUCACAUAGUCGCACUUUCUUCGAUGGCUGGAAUGAUCGGAUUGUCUAAUUUGGUACCAUAUUGUGCAUCUAAAUUUGCAGUUAGAGGUUUCAUGGAAGCUCUUAGCGAAGAACUUCGUGAAUAUUCCAAAGGAAGAAUCUCUAACAUAAACUUUACAACUAUUUAUCCAUACAUAGUGGACACUGGUCUCUGUAAGAAGCCAAGAAUAAAGUUCAAGAACUUCAUGGCGAUGCUUUCACCGAAAGAGGCUGCUAAUAUAAUAGUCAGAGCACAAAGAAUGAACUGGUCAAACAUAUCCAUUCCUAGAUACUUGCUCGGAAUGAACACAAUAUUUAGAGUUUUUCCUGAAAAAUCAUCAAACCAUGUAAAAGACUUUUUUGAUACUGGUAUAGAAGCAACAUAAUGAGUUGUUAAUAAUUAUAAUGAAUAUUUUUCAUAUUUUAUUAAGUUAUAUACAUAAAUUCGAUGUAAUAUUUGUUGUAUAUAACUAUAUAUAUACAGGUAACCCCCGAAGGACACGAUUAAUUGGUUUCGUGUUCUUUGAAAUCGUUUUAUUCGAGACUACAAAAAACGAUAUUCCGUUUCAAGUGUGAAAAUAAAAAAAAAGCGUUACGUUU